AUGGCGCAAUACUUCUUCGAUCUUCUCUACAACUUCACAGAUUGCAUGUGCUGUUUUCCCAGCACGCCGCAAUUAAAGAUCAACAAUCGUAGCUUUAAAUUGCUCCGACUUCUCGACAAAUCGACCUCGGAACUGUUUGCGCUAAAGAAGAUCCGGUGUCCCUUCGGUCAGGAGUCCGUUUCCCAGGCGCUGAAGGAAGUGGAGGCCUACAAUCUGUUCACUACCCAGAACAACAUUAUUCAUUCCAUCGACCACUGUGUGUCCACCGAAUCCGGCUCGAAAUUCCGCGCCGAUGGCGGCGACGCAGGAUCGAAGACGGUCUACAUUCUCCUACCAUACUACCAACGGGGUAACCUACAAGAUGCCAUCAAUGCGAACCUCGUCAACCAUUCCCGCUUCCCGGAGAAGCGCUUGAUGGUGCUGAUGCUCGGCGUUGCCAAUGCGCUCCGAGCGAUGCAUCUCUACCGUGUGAAAAGCGGUACGGGCCCGACACGCAAGGCUAAAGCUGUGAGGAGAGAGGGUGCAGAGGCAGAUGCGGACACUGCUAUGCGGAUGCCGAAACCGAAGCGACGCACCAGCCAAAAUGUGGAUGAAGAAGAAGAGAAUGAGCCAUUGAUGGAUGACGAGGUCACAAUAAGUCAGGAGGGCGUGCAAGACGGCGAUCUUCGCCCGUAUGCCCACCGGGAUAUCAAGCCCGGUAACAUCAUGAUCGCCGAUGAUGGCCGUACACCCAUUCUCAUGGAUCUCGGAUCGUUAGCACCCAGCCCCAUUGCCAUCACCUCCCGGUCGCUCGCCUUGGCCGUCCAAGACACUGCUGCGGAACACAGCACGAUGCCAUAUCGGGCACCCGAACUCUUCGACGUUAAGACGGGUUCGAUUAUUGACACAAAGGUGGAUAUCUGGUCGUUAGGAUGCACGCUCUACGCCUGUCUGGUGGGCAAGAGUCCCUUUGAAGCCCGCAGCGAAGAGACAGGUGGCAGCUUGAGCAUGUGUGUAUUGGGUGGUGAUUGGCGGUUCCCCGACGAGAAAUCGAGUGCGACCAAGGGCAAGGGCAAGGCCGGUGGCGAUGAUAGCCGCAAAGAUAACACGAUGCAGAUCAGCGCGCCCGUAAAGGACGUGGUCCGCAAGUGCCUGCAGGUGGAGCCUGCAGACCGGCCUGACAUUGAUGAGCUGAUUCAGAUCCUGAAAGACGUUAUCAAGGAUCUUCCCGAGGAGGAUGACAUUGCCAGCCUUGAUCAGACUGCUAUUCCGGGCACUGUGACGCUGGUGGAUUUGGAGCAUGUCCUUGCCACCCGUCAUGCGGAUCGCGGCGAUAGUGACAUCGUUCUUAUUCCGGAACCGUCCAAUGAUCCCGAUGAUCCCUUGAACUGGGCUCCAUGGAGGAAGACCCUGUCUACCAUUUGUCUCUCCGAUGCAACCGGUGUGUCGGUUGAUACUCUCAAUGAGGGAACGGGGUAUAUGUUUCUGUUCGCCGGAUGGGGGCUUUUGUUUUGGCAGCCACUGGCGUUGCAGUAUGGCAAGCGUUUGACAUAUAUACUUUCUUUGGUUGGCAUUUUGGGCACUUCGAUGUGGGGGUACGUUCUCCCAUUUGGCGAUAGUCGCGUGUGUGUAAGUACUAACUCUGACAGUCCCUACAUCCACACCAACGGCCAAUGGAUCGCGCGCAGUAUCCUAUCGGGUUUCUUCACGGCACCCAUUGAAGCCCUCCCAGAAAUAACCGUAACUGAUGUGCUGACAGUUCAGUACUUCACCCAUGAGCGGGGAACAUACAUGGCGCUAUAUGCAUUCUUCCUGGCAGGCAGCAAUUACUUUGCCCCGGUCAUCUGCGGCUUCAUCGCCCAGUACCAAGGCUGGCAAUGGGUGUUCUACUGGCCCAGCAUUUUCUGCGCCUUCAGCAUUGUAUUUUUAUUCUUCUUCAUGGAGGAGACAAACUACGUGCGCGAGAAGCCAUCAGUCGCCGAGGUUACUUCGACAGAAGCUUCUUCGCGCACGUCCGAGCAGGGUGAGAAGGCGAAACGUCCUGCUGAUGUGGCACAGCAGAGUGACACAGAAUGCGGGGUGAUAUAUCCGAAGAAGACGUAUCUCCAGAAACUCUCGCUUAUAGGGCCCAGACUGCCGAGGAACAAUAUGUUCCGCCGGUUCUACCACACAUUGUACUAUCUGAGCUGGCCGGUGGUAUUCUACGCGGGCUCCCUCUUCACCGGCCGCUUUAGCGACUGGCUCACCGUCCGACUGGCGCGACGCAACAACGGAGUCAUGGAAGCCGAACAGCGCCUGUGGCCAUUCGCCAUCUGUCUUCUCCUCGUGCCAGGAUCUCUCUUGCUCUGGGGUGUAGGCGCCGCGCACGAAGUGCACUGGUUCGGACUCAUCGUCGCGAUGUGUCUGCUAGCGUUGGCGAACACAUGCGGCAUCACGCUGAGCGUCAACUACCUGGUCGACAGCUACCGGGAGCUGAGCGGGGACGCAAUGGCGAGCGUGAUCUUGGUUCGGAACACCAUGUCAUUUGCCAUGGGCUAUGGAAUCACACCAUGGGUAAACCACCUCGGAUACCAGAACUGCUUUAUAUCCGCUGCGUUCGUAGGCAUGGCAUGCGCAGCAGUAUUCCUGGUGAUGAUCAAAUGGGGGAAGUCGUUCCGAAUGCACAGUCGCGAGAAGUAUUGGCGAAUUGUGGAGGAGAAUUGGGCGAGAGGGAUGGGGCAUUAG